CUCGGUUUUGGUAAACAUUGGCUAGUGUGUCGCCGCUCACUGUUCAAAUGUUAUUUUGUGUAAUAAUAGAUAUUUAGUUGUUUUGUUGUGGUUUUGAUGUAGUGACUAAGGUCAGUUACUUAACUGUCAUACAGACUUGACUAUGGAUGAAUAAACAGCUUCGCCUCUUUGUUGUGGUUGUUGUCAGUUACUGACCCUACAGUACGUAAGUAUUAUCACGCAGUGCUGUAAUAUCAGUUUCCAGUAGCUUUACACUAGUAAUGUAUACUGACAACCACAUGCACGAGAUUGUGGUAAAGCGCAACACUUCGUCCUCAAGAAAGAGAUCAAGGGAUAGCAUGAGAAGUCGCAUCACUCCAGCCAAGAAGCGGUCAAGUUUCACAUCAGAAACAUGCUCUACUGUCGAAGGACACACACACACUCAAGACAUGAGUGAGAAUAACGGCACAGAGCUGUGCUGCAGUGACAACGAGGACUUAUUUGAGGGUUAUGACAGCAUUGUGGGUGACAGCUCCUUUCUGGCUAAGCUUGAAGAUGUGGAGCUCCAGAUGAGGCAGUGUCACGACCAGCAGACUCCAAAUGCCUGUGAGGAUGAUCUUUCAGACUCAGUCUUAGCUGAGGAUUUCAGAGAUUCACCACCUACAGCUUUGCCGAGCUCUCAACUUGAAUUUCAAAAAGCUGUCAUGACUCCACACAAAAGCCCUUCCAGGGGUGCACAUAACACCUCUACUCCUGAUUUGAUGAAUCCCAGGCCAGCUGUCAAUCAUGCAGAUCUCAAUGUCAACAAGCCACCCCCAAAGGCCAGAAGAAGCAUGAAAGAUCAUCUUAAGAAAGUACUGAUAGACAAUGCAGCAACAUCUAGUACUGUCUCCAAGACAGUACAACAAAAGGAGGCUGUGAUGACUGAAGAAAUGAGUUUUGCCAUGCAGGCCAUGGAGUCCAUAUCAGCUGAGCAGGACCUGGGCCCUUUUUUUGGUCUCCCAUCCAAAGUUAAAGUCCUUAUUUUGAGAUUAAAGGGAAUCCAGGACUUGUAUGAGUGGCAGAAGACGUGUUUGAGCCUGGAUUCGGUGCAACAAAGGAGAAAUCUCAUUUAUUCUUUACCAACAAGUGGAGGAAAGACUCUAGUGGCAGAGAUUCUCAUAUUUAAAGAGCUCUUGUGUAGAAAGAAAGAUGCACUGCUUAUUUUGCCGUACAUAUCCUUGGUUCAGGAAAAGGUUCGAGGGUUAUCUAGCUUUGGAAUUGAGUUGGACUUCAUGGUCGAGGAGUAUGCUGGCAGUAAAGGGAGGUUUCCUCCGGUUAAGAGAAGAAAUAAAAACUCUCUGUACGUCACAACUAUUGAGAAGGGACACAGUCUUGUCAAUUCACUGAUUGAAAAUGACCGUCUAGACAAUAUUGGUCUGGUUGUUGUGGAUGAGCUCCAUAUGCUUGGUGAUGGAAGCAGGGGGGCAAUUCUUGAAAUGACUUUGUCAAAGAUUCUGUACAUGAGCAAAUCCACCCAAAUUAUUGGUAUGAGUGCAACGCUAGGCAACGUGGGAGAUCUUCAGACCUUUCUGAAUGCUGAAAACUACACCAACGACUUCAGACCUGUUGAGCUGAAAGAGUAUGUAAAAAUAAAGGACAGCAUAUAUGAAGUCGACCCAAGGGAAGAGACAUGCUUCAGUUUCUCACGACUCCUGGAUUUUAAGUACUCCAGUGGAAUGCAGAAAAUGGACCCUGACCACAUCAUAGCUCUGGCUACUGAAGUCAUCCCUCAGCAGUCCUGCCUCAUUUUCUGUGCCACCAAGAAGAACUGCGAGAAUCUAGCUGGAAUGAUCUGCAAGUAUUUAAAUAAGGUGUUUUUGAAACACAAGGAGGCAGAGAAAGCCACUCUUCUUGGUGAACUGAAGAGCAGUGGGAAUGGAUCCUUGUGUCCUGUGCUGAAGAAGACUGUGCCCUUUGGCCUGGCCUACCACCACAGCGGCCUGACCAGUGAUGAGAGGAAACUGGUGGAAGAGGCUUAUUCCUCAGGGGUACUCUGCCUUCUCACCUGCACCUCUACUCUCGCUGCUGGCAUCAACCUUCCUGCACGCAGGGUCAUUCUGCGGUCCCCAUAUGUAGCUACAGAGUUUUUAAAGAGAAGUCAGUACAAACAGAUGGUAGGCAGAGCAGGACGAGCAGGUAUUGAUGCCAUGGGUGAGAGUAUCCUGAUCCUGCAGGACAAAGAUAUAAAUGGUAAAGAACUGCUGUCUGCACCAAUGGAGAAGUGUUACAGUAACCUUCUACAUGAUGGAGGGAGGGGCCUCUUCAGUCUCGUCCUGUCAUUCAUUGGGCUGAAGAUAACUACAACUGUAGAACAAGUGAGGGAUUUCAUGAAAGGCACACUGCUUAGUGUGCAGGAGGCUCAGGUCAGUCCAGAGAGGAGUCUGUGGGACCUUACAGUGGAGUCUAUAGAUACUCUGAAGCAGAAGAGCCUCAUCGAAGUCUCUGCUGAUGUAAAUAAUCAAAGCAUUCUCCAAAUCACCAGGCUUGGGAGAGCAACAUUCAAAGGUUCAAUAGACCUAAGCUACUGUGAUCUGCUCUACCGAGACUUAUCGAAAGGGCUGGAGGGUUUACUCCUCAAUAGUUUUCUUCACUUAGUGUAUCUGGUUACUCCAUAUGACAUGGUGAAUCAAUGCAAACCAGAUUGGAUGAUCUACUUCAGGCAGUUUACGAAUUUGUCAGCUGCUGAACAGAAGAUGGCCACUGCGGUCGGAGUGCCUGAAAGUUUUGUGGCUAGAAAGGCAGCGGGACAGAGCGUGAGGAAGUCUGUGGACAUUGUGGUAGUGAAUAGGUUGUAUCUGGCUUUGGUGCUGUACUCCCUACUGAAGGAGACAAACCUUUGGGACGUGUCUGAUAGAUUUCAGCUGACCAGAGGCUUUGUACAGACUCUUCUCAGCUCAGCUUCCGCAUUUGGCUCCUCUGUGCUGCACUUCACUGAGGAGCUGGAGGAGUUUUGGGCCUACAAGGCUCUUCUCUCAGAGCUGACCCGUAGAUUGACUUACUGUGUGCAGGCCGAGCUCAUUCCACUCAUGGAGGUGGCUGGAGUCAUGGAGCAUCGUGCUAAGCAGCUGUAUAACGCUGGUUACAAGACACUGGCACAUCUUGCCAACGCAGAUCCACAAAUUCUGGUCCAAACUAUUGAAAACCUCUUCAAAAGACAAGCAAAUCAAAUUAUUGCAUCAGCAAAAAUGUUAAUAAAAGAGAAAGCAGAGGCCUUGCAGGAGGAGGUGGAUGACCUGCUUAUGCUGCCAUCUGAUAUCCCAUCUUUGUAAAUCUUUGUUUAUUUUUAUUUAUUUUAUGUAAAUAGCAUGUAUAUUAUUUAAUCUACCUGGCAUUAUGUAAACUAUUUUGUGCCUACAUGUCUGGCUGAAAUAAAAAUGGAAGUA